GAACUUUGCAAAUGUUCCUCGUAAAUAAACAGUUGUUGUGCGCACCCCGUAACGCGUAGUUUCGUAACCGGUUGUUGAGGGCGCCGCGCGUUAAAAUGCUAUCUGCUGAUUGGUCCGCCUGCGUCGGAGAGUGAUUCCCCUCGCGAUAGUGAAGAGAAGGAGACAGACGAUUAGCGGCGUAGGAAGACCACGCGUCGUUGUUACUUAUCUAAUCUAACCUUUUUUUUUGACUAACCUCACGCCACUUGCACGUGGCUGAUCGAAGACUGGGGUUUUCUCUUUUAAAAUUGAAUAAACAAAUCCUAAAGUUUUUUCACGCAUUAUAUUUUCACGCUGCAACCCAAAUUAACCAACAUUUUGAUCCUUCGAGUCGAAUGAAAACGUACAAAUACGUUUAAAAGUCGAUGUGCCAGUGGAAAAAGUAGUGAAAGUGAAAACUUGAGAAGCAGCCAGCAGAUACCUAAGAGGGUUAUAAGCUGAGAUUUUUACCCAAAAUUUGAAUCACAUUGUAUUUGAUUUCAAGUUAAACCUAAAAGCAAACCUGUUGCUUGUAGACUUUACAUACCAGGCCCAAUACCUACUUGGUGCUUUUUGUUUUGUUACAUUUUACCCGAAUUUUAAUCUUUUAACCCUAAAUAAACCCGAGAAAUCAAAGGCUUGCUCAAUUUAAAUGAAAUUCCAAUUGAUUUUGCUCUCGUUUUCUCAUUUAUUUGUAGUCUUUUAUGCGCUUUAUUAUUAUUGAAAUAAAGUAUAACCUUAACCAAUUGAUUUUACGCUAUUAAAUUCAGUCAAGCGUGUAUAUGACCAGCUCAAUAUUAAUUUUUAGCCUCUAAAGUUGAACCUUUUUGCGCUUUUGUAAGUAUAAUAUUUAUAAAUAAAUAUACAACAUUACUCGUAGUAAACAAUGGCUGAAGAAUUAACUGCAGAACAGAUUUUAGUUAAAGCUAAAGGUGAAAUAAAGUUUUUGACAUCAAAAAGAGGUCAUCUUAAGGCAUCUCUUACCCGAUUUCAAAGAUUUUUAGAUGCAUCUACCGAAACCCUAAGCUCACCAGAUAUAAAAGUUCAAAUUGAAACCCGGUUACAAGCUGCUAAAACUAGUCUCAAUGAAUUUGAAAAAAUUCAGUCAGGCAUUGAAGAUAUUCAUCUGAGGUAUGAUCUUCCUGAGGCAGAAGAUCAGGAUGAUGUGCGAGCAGAUUUCGAAGAAAAAUAUUUUUCCAUUAUAUCCAAAGCCACCUUCAUGCUUCAAAGCUUCACUCCCUUAAGUGUUCCCAUACCCGAGAACAUUCCAUUAAGCUCAGAACCUAUAAAUAAUGUAACUACACUUAUGACUAAGCUCCCACCUAUAUCAAUUCCUGAAUUUUCAGGGUCUUAUGAAUCCUGGACUCAAUUCUUUGAGACAUUUGAAUCCAUAAUAGAUAAAAAUCCUAGCCUUCCCAAGGUUCAAAAAUUCUACUAUUUGCAAUCUGCUUUAAGAGGUGAUGCUGCUCAAGUCAUCAGUUCACUCACUGCCAGUGAUGAUAACUAUACCAUAGCAUGGAAACUUCUUAAAGAUAGAUAUCAAAACAAAAAAGCAAUUACACAUUCCCAUAUCAAAGCAAUUUUUAACCUACCCAUGAUUAAAGAGGAAAAUCAUUCAAGCUUACGCAAAUUCUUGGAUAGCUUUCAAAAGCAUUUUCGAUGCCUUGAAAACUUAGGUGAAAAAGUGAUCCACUGGGAUACUAUUUUAAUUUAUCUCUUAUCCUCCAAACUAAGUCAAAUUACCCGCAGAGAAUGGGAAAUUACAUCUAAGAAUAUGGAGAACCCUACCAUUUUAGAUCUCACUAACUUUCUUACUGAGAGGUGUUAUUUAUUAGAGUCUAUUGACUUCAAGAUCUAUAAUAAACACGAGUCACAAUCCUCCAAGCAUGUUUCUAUACACAAAACAUUUGCCCAUCCAGCUUUUGAAAAUGUUUGUCCAUUAUGUAAGGCUAAUCAUUUUGUUUAUAGUUGUAAAAAGUUUAUAGAUUUAUCCAUAAAUGAUCGGUAUAGUGAGGCCAAACGACUCAAACUGUGCACUAACUGCCUGCGUCCAGGUCAUCUUAACAUGAAUUGCAAAUCGAAGCAUUUCUGUAGGACUUGCAAACGCAACCACCAUUCCUUGCUGCAUCAGCUUGGAAGUCCUAGAACUUUCGAAGUUGCUGUAAAUCCUAAAUCUGAUUUAGUUAGGCAAGCCAGUAACAAUCAAUCUCCUCAAACAGCCUUAUACACUCAGUUAAGGGUGAACCCAGGUGCAAAUCCAAAUGACAUCAAUUCAACUUUGCCCAAUCCUCAUUCUAGCAAUUCACUUUGCAACUCAAGAAUUGUAAAUUCUAAUCAAGAUAUAUUUGAUAGAAAUAGUACUUCAUCACCUCAUCAGCCAUCUUCCUUAAAUGUAUUGCCAGAUAAUUCAAGAAAUACUCCGGUAUUCCACCAAGAAGAAUGUCAAAAUAAUCCCAUAACCAACUAUAGUUUAGCCUGUGCUAAUUCAAGCUCGAAUAACUUUAUAUUGCUAUCUACUGUUUUAAUUCAAGUGUAUGAUGGGCACCAGACACGCAUUCCUUGCAGAGCUCUCUUGGAUAGCGGGUCUCAGUCCAAUUUUAUAUCUAGAAGUUUAUUCGAUAAGCUAAGCCUCAAAUGGGAAAAGAUUAACAUACCCGUAUGUGGUAUUAAUCAAGGGACAACUUAUAUAAAUAAAAGAACCAUGUUGACUUUUCAAGAUUUAAAUCUAAACUAUAAAUUUAAAAUCUCUGCCCUAGUAAUCGAUAAAAUUACAGAAGAAUGUCCUCAGCAGGUUAUUGAUAUUUCUAAAUUUCCCAUUCCACAUGACGUUCAGCUAGCAGAUCCAACAUUCUAUCAACCUUCUGAGAUAGACAUACUUCUGGGUGCUAGUAUAUUCUAUGAACUAUUAGUUUCUGGCCAAAUAAGACUCGGAAAGAAUAAUCCAAUUCUCCAAAAUACACUAUUAGGAUGGGUUGUCUCCGGACCCAUAUCAGCUCAUCAAGAUCAAUUUUGUAAACCUAUAUCCUGUUUUUCUCUCAAUAAAAAUUUUGAUAUUGAAUUAAAAAAUUGUCUUGAGAAAUUCUGGCAUAUAGAGGAACCUAUUCACGAACCCAAUAAAUUAUCACAAGAAGAACUUGACUGCGAAUCUCAUUUUGUUGAAACGGUUUCUCGUACUACUUCAGGUCGUUUUGAAGUCAGUCUUCCUUUUAAGAAGAAUAUUUCCCAAAUAGGUUCUUCUCGGGAAAUAGCAGAAAAAAGAUUUUUUGCUAUAGAAAGGAAAUUUCUAAAGAAUAAGGAAUUUCAUAGUUCCUACUCUCAAUUUAUUCAAGAAUAUGAGCUUUUAGGCCAUAUGUCAAAGGUUGAUAUCACUAAGGAUUCCGCCUCGGUGCCUACAUACUAUCUGCCUCAUCAUGCUGUGGAAAAGCAGGAUAGUACCACCACUAAAUUGAGAGUGGUAUUUGAUGCCUCAGCCAAAUCGACCACAGGUAUAUCUCUAAAUGACUCCCUUAUGGUCGGCCCCACUAUUCAAAUGGAUCUGUUUUCUAUCAUCAUCAGAUUUCGUGAACAUAAUUACGUUCUUACAGGAGAUCUUGCCAAAAUGUACAGGCAAAUUUUGGUGAAACCCUGUGAGAGAAAUUUUCAACGGAUAGUCUGGAGGGGCUCUCCCGAUAGUGAUUUACAACACUUCCAAUUAAACACCGUAACUUACGGUACUGCAAGUGCUUCAUUUUUAUCUACUAGAUGUUUAAAGCAAGUAUCCCUUGACAAAAAAACCUCAUUUCCCAAUGAAAGUCGUAUCAUAGCCCAUGAUUUUUACGUUGAUGACGCCCUCACAGGAAGUAAUGAUCUGAAUGAACUCGUAAAAAUAAAAUCCAAUUUAAUUUCGAUUUUUCAAGAAUACGGUUUCGAACUUAGAAAACUUGCUUCUAAUAACCCCACUGUAUUAUCUGAUAUUCCUGACAAUGGGUCUAUAGAGUAUGUAAUUAAUGAGGGAUCAAGCAGUAAAACAUUAGGAAUUUCAUGGAAUUCUCCAAAGGACCAAUUUGUAUACUCGUCAAAUCUAAAAAAUAUACCUGAUGUCUUAGUGACUAAACGCUCCAUUCUUGCCGCAAUAUCAACAAUAUUUGACCCACUGGGUCUUUUAGGACCUAUAAUAAUACAAGGAAAAAUUCUAAUACAAAAACUAUGGCUACUUAAAAUAUCUUGGGAUGAACCUGUUCCCAGUGAUUUUCACAAAAUCUGGUUGAAUUUUUCUAAUCAGCUUGCAAAAGCGAAUACCUUUAAUAUACCUAGACAAGUUACAAUUAAAAAUCCUCUAAGGGUUCAAAUACAUGGGUUUUCUGAUGCGUCAAUAAACGCUUAUGGUGCAUGCAUGUAUGUCCGUUCCGAAGAUGCAGAUGGAAAUAUCCACUGCAACUUACUUUGUGGAAAAUCUCGUGUAGCCCCCCUCAAAGCUGUUUCUUUACCCAGGUUGGAACUCUGUGGCGCUCUGUUGCUCGUAAAACUUGUAAAAAAGGUUACUAAGAUUCUUAAUUAUCCCAUAUCGGAAAUUUUCUAUUGGACCGAUUCCUCUAUAGUACUGUGCUGGUUAAGCUUAGAACCUCGCAGCUUAAAAACAUUUGUGUGUAAUAGAAUUGCCGAAAUUCAGCAACUAUCUGAUGCAGGCAAUUGGUACCAUAUUGUUUCAUCUCAGAAUCCUGCUGAUAUUAUAUCGCGGGGCAUGACUCCUACUGAUCUCAAAAAUAAUAUCCUUUGGUGGCAUGGACCUCAAUACUUAAAAAAACCAGAAAAGUAUUGGCCCACAGGCAAACAUAUCUCAAAUUUUGCGCGUCAAGCCCGUGAAAUAUCCGAAAUCCCUGAAAUUAACCCAAAAUCCUUUGUUUUUAUCGCAAACCCAAAUAUUGACUUUGUCACCAAUAUUUGUUCAAGAUUUUCUUCGUACCCCAAGCUAAUUAAUGUUGUAGCAUAUUGUCGAAGAUUCCUUCAUAACCUAAAAAACAAAGCUCAAAGAAUUACUGGACAUUUGUCACCAAAUGAAAUUUCCCAGAGUACUUCUUGCCUUAUUAAGCUUAUCCAAGCUGAUAGAUUUCCUGAAGAAAUAUUUGAAUUGGAACACAACCGUGGUGUUAAAGCCAGAAGUAAACUUAGCACGCUUAAUCCUUUUCUCGACCGCUCUAAAAUUCUACGAGUAGGUGGUCGAUUAAGUCAUGCGAAUAUAGACUUUGACUAUAAACACCCUAUUGUACUUCCUCAUAACCAUCCGUUCACCGAGCUAGUUGUUACCCACGAACAUGUCAAAAACUUACAUCCCGGUAGUCAAACAACCCUAUCCUUUGUAAGGCAACAGUUUUGGCCACUAAAAGGAAAACCUUUAAUUAAACGAAUCAUCGAGCUACAUCCUGGCAGUGACAGUACUGUGCGUGUAGUAAGUGUUCGUACAAACAAUGGUGUCGUCAAACGUGCAGUAAAUAAAUUGUGCCCGCUACCUAUUAAAUGUGCCCAGGUCGGUUAUAAUAAUACCCUGAAUUGACGUUAUUAACGCUAUGUAUACCUUUGCUUACUGCAAAACUGUCAUUAUAUUAACUAUUAUGUAAGUAGAAAUAAUUAUGUAUAAUUUUUAAUUUUUAUUCUGCAAGUAAAAGAGUGAUAUGUUAAACUAUAACCCAUAUACAGUCCACUUUUGUCUUUUCUCUUUUGCUUUUAAUAUAUUAAUUUCUAUCUUUCUCCUAUUUAAUUGUUAUUUCUACAUGAAGUAUGUAAAAUUUUAUUUGUUUUAUUGAGUAUGUUUAUGCUUUUCUUCAUGUGAAAUAAAACAUGUCAAUUUAUUUUUAAUCCGCACAGAAUGCCUAAUAUAAUUUAUAAAUUUCUCUGUUAUUUGAAAUUUUGUUGGUAAGGUCAUAUGCUAGAAAUUUUGCACUUAACUUUAUGACUAUUACUGAUUUUGUACUAUUAUUUAAGCCUAUAUUAGUUCUAAGCUUUUGUAUCAUUGUACCCCCAGUCUCGAAUUGAGGUUCUUUAUAUUGGUAUUUUAAGUUUAGAUAUAUUGAAAGUUAUCGGGAACUUCCAAGGGCGGCGGUAUGUUAGCGAACUUUGCAAAUGUUCCUCGUAAAUAAACAGUUGUUGUGCGCACCCCGUAACGCGUAGUUUCGUAACCGGUUGUUGAGGGCGCCGCGCGUUAAAAUGCUAUCUGCUGAUUGGUCCGCCUGCGUCGGAGAGUGAUUCCCCUCGCGAUAGUGAAGAGAAGGAGACAGACGAUUAGCGGCGUAGGAAGACCACGCGUCGUUGUUACUUAUCUAAUCUAACCUUUUUUUUUGACUAACCUCACGCCACUUGCACGUGGCUGAUCGAAGACUGGGGUUUUCUCUUUUAAAAUUGAAUAAACAAAUCCUAAAGUUUU